AUGGGAUCUGAGUUGCUACCUGAAGGCACGACUGUCAGAGCUUCCCUGUACUCAGAACAGCUGGAUCAGGUCGGCAAACAAAUCACAAGAAAUCAUGGAGAGGUCCUUCUCUUGCAUGACAAUGCAAGACCUCAUGUGGCAAAUUUGACUCAACAAAAUUUGAAGGAGCUGGGCUGGGAAUUUGAUGAUAGCAUCGAGGUCGAAAAUUGGCUCCGCGACUUCUUUGAUGUGCAGCCCAAGAAUUUCUGGGAGAAGAGAAUUCGAGCUCUAUCUAAUAAAUGGCAGCGAAUCAUAGAUAAUAAUGGCGAUUACCUUGAA